AGCGGUUUGGCUCACAACGCAGUGCACAUUUUGAUCAGGCUUUUGCAGGCUCUUGAAACCCAUGCUGAAGUAUCUGCUAGCCUUUGUGGCGGUCAAGGCGGACGUGUACGUGCACCACGGGGAUGACCACGUGGUCCAUCACGUGCAUCACGUGGUGCACCACGUGUAUCAUGUGCACCACGUGUACGAGUCUGGGGGCCACGGCGGCCACGGUGCGCACUCUGGGGUCUUCUGGGCUGGGCCUGGCGAGUUCUGUGGAAUGGCUGACAACCACCAGAAGCACAAAUGUUCUGGCAGUAUGCAAUGCCGCUUGGGGCGCUGUGGUGGAGGUACUGCUCAUCCUCAGCCUGUUCCUCAGCCUGUUCCUCAGCCUCUUCCUCGGCCGCUUCCUCAACCUCUUCCUCAGCCUCUUCCUGCUCAGCCGCUUUCGGAGCACCACAUCAGCCACGCCAACGCACAAGUCUGGAUAGGCGCAGACCCCGAGACGUACCUCCCGGAGAGCGCGUUUUGCAGCGGCACCACGGGUCUGGGAGCGGGCGAGAAGCCGUGCGCCCCUUGGCUGAAGUGCUAUGCUCAGGUGGCCGCGGACACGAAGGUCGCCUCCGGGAAGUGCCUGGCAGCAGAGGUGCCGUUGGGCAAUCGCUGUGGCCAGGCUCCCACCAAGUACAGCUACAUCAACGUGGGCCGCUGCCCGGUGGACUCGCACUGCGAAGCGGAUGCUGUCGUCAACCCAGGCAUGCUGGGCCGGGGAUUCUGCCAGCAGACUCCGCUGGAGUGGGUGGAGGAUAAGCUGAAUAUCGUCAAUUAAGGAGUGGCCUCGAUUUGUCCUGGUGCCAAUGGGAGCCAGCGCAGCGUUGCCCGCUCAAGCAUGACCCGGCGCGUCGGGUCGAUGCAAGCUUGUCACCGCACUUUUUCUGGUUUGUGCAUUUCAUCUUCGGGGGACCACUGAUUCAGUGGUUUUUGUGCUCAGCUCUCAUCAAAGGAAGCUGAGCACGAAAUCCCGGUGAUUGGUUUGUUGGUUUCACACAACAUCACCAAGCAGGCAAAAACCGCGCUGCUGGUGGGUCAGAAGUUGCAGCUCCGGAAGCAAGGCAUUUGGCAUGUUGCCUCUUGGGGA